AUGCAGGCGACUAAGUUCAAAACGGCUUCACUGUGGAAGAAGGUUAUUCACGAUUCGCAGACCUCCGAAAAUAAGAAGGUCAUUCACGAUUCGAAAACGUUCGAAAAUAAAAAGGUUAUUAGUGAUUCGAAGACCUCCGAAAAGAAGCCGACGGCGCCUUUGACGACAUCGGUAUCAACCAUAACAACUGCAGCGACAACGGUGUCUCCCACGGCGUCACAGAAACCUAAAUUUAACAUCCACGCUGUUGCUACCUCUCUCAUGGAGAAGAGGAAACUGGAAAGGGAAAGAGAGCUAAAGGUGAAACAAGAUGAAAUAGAUGACCUGAAAUCUAAACAUGAGACAGUCAAAGAAGAGAAAAAGAAACUGCAAUCCAGCCUGGAUCAGGUAUUGUGCAGUCAGAACGAUGCGAGUCAAAAGCUCACCCGAGCCAAUGAUGUUAUCGAAAAAAUCAGACUGGAAAAUAAAACGAAAACGGAUCAGAUUGAGAAGAUGCAAGGAAGAAUAGCCUUCAUGGAAGACAGAAUACGAAAUUUGGAAAACAGAGCGUCCGAAGUAGAAAAGGCAGAAUUAACUCUGGAGUCAACGAAGAAGAUACUGGAAGACACAAUAGCACAGUGCAGAGCCAAGGAUAACGAAAUACGGCGAGCUUUGCAGAUCAAGGAAGACACUGAGAAACAGCUAGAGGUUGCCAGUGUAAAGAUUAAGGAUCUGGAAAAUAAAGCCAACGAUCUCAAAUUCCAAGUUCGUCAUGAGCUUAUGAAGAAUGAAAAUAUCGAGAAAGAUCUUGAAACUAUCCCCAUUCUGAAAGACGAUAUUCGUGAAAGAGAGAAACAGAUCAGCAAACUGAAGAGCGAGAUUGAAGAGAAGUCGGCACUUUUGUUAGCUGCUAGAAAGGCCAUCCGUGAUUACAAGGACAAACUCAGGGAUGUUGAUCACGUGAACCACAGUAUCGAUGAAGUGCAGACGGAACUCAAACUCGCGCAGUGUGAGGUGAUCACACUUAAGAAUCUAAUGGCGGGGAAAAACAUGCUGGUCCUACAGAAAUGUCGAGCCCUAGAACUAGCGAAGGAAACGAUCGACUGCUUGGAAAGGAAAUGUGACGUUGGUCAGAAGGUCAGACAAAUACAACAGAUCUUAGAUAAUCUUUCACGACUACCAAACGUCAAUGUGGACGGGAAGAUUUCAAAUAGUUUUAGUAGAAGCUCUUCGGACCGGAAGUCAGGCAAAAUGGUGGUAAGCAGACCAAUGACGUCACCAUACCUUCGGGAGUCGGGCAAGGAAAACGUCAUAGACGUCAGCGUUGCGCCGUAUUCCCACGAGAACGGACACAACGAAAACGCCAAACACGUGACAUCCAACGUCUACUUUGAAAGACUUUCGACAAGACCCAAAACAGCUGUAGGAGGUCACAGGGGUCCGGCAUUCCACGAACCUGAAUCUCACAGUGCUGACAGCCACGGCAACAUGAAAAGACCGGGAACGUGCGUAGCCAAUGGCGACCGGACUUCCAUUCACAGUUUCAGAUCGCAGAGGAGGUACCCCACACGGUAUUCCUCCGAGUUGUCCAAGGGAGACUACUCCGACACUGAGACUGACACAAGUUCCCAGGAGUGUGGAGAUUCUUUGUUUAAAAUGAGUCACGAGUACCGCAGACAGAUAUCUAAGAUGUCUGCAUCACAAAAGGACAGUCUGCUCGCGAGAGUUUUGAAUAUCGGUGACCGGGUGUCCGUCUGCGUCCCACAGAAGGCGCCAAAAUAUGGAAGGAAAAAACAGAAGCCGAUCGUGUAUACUGGUAUAGUCAAAUACAGAGGUCCGCUGGAUAAGGAGUAUUUUGACGCCACGCUGUACGUUGGAGUUAAACUGGACGGACCGAUUGGAGAUUCUGACGGGGUGUUUAAGGGAAAGCGAUAUAUGUUCACGCCUCCUGAGCAUGGCAAGUUUUUCAAGAUCAGAGACGUUACUGCAAUGUUAGACAUACAGUCGGGACACUAUGAACCGAUGAUGAAGAUGAUGAUUUUGCAACUAGCUAAAGAAUCGAAUGAUUAUCAGCAGGUUUAACAUCAAGCACGACGCCUGUAUGUGGAGAAAAACGUGCUUACAACACGAUCAACACCAGUAUAAUUGCUGACUUUACCAAUCAAGUCACGUGUUUGUGCGUGGAUGUCCAGCUCCAACCACGGUUGUGAAUAUUUACAAAACCCUCUGUUGUAAGCGACAUACCAUGCAACACUGACGAGACAAAAACGGUUUUCGAUAUUACUUUACGUCUAUCGUGUUGUUUACACCAUUUGGAAUGAGUUUAAUCGGUCGAUUAUUUGACUGGUAUCGCCAUAAAUCCUACUGCAUAUGUAUAUCAUUGUGCCAGGAAAUACCUAAACCCCAUAUCAACCUUUAAUAAAAGUGAAAGUGUGUGGAUUUUUUCCACAAUUCUUUCAAUUUGGCUUGAAAUAAAGAAAAAGGAAACCCGUUUUUAAAAUAACAAAAUGUUUAUAUUUUUAUGUGCUAUUUGUAAAAACAUUUAUCAAGAUAUAAAUAACACCGCAUGGCGUCUACUCACGGAGUUUGAAAUUAAAUUUUCUCCAAAACAAUUUAUGGUAUAUACAUACAAAACGAUCCUCCAAUUAGUAGAGAUUAUCAAAAGAAAGAGCAUUUAGUAAGAUAAACUAAAUAAGAACUUCAACCUCUAUAAGCAGAUGACGUCUGUUUCUAUGAGCGAGUAUUGCUGUUCACACUUUAUUUUUAUGUUAAGUCAACUUGAAAUAACUGAGAGGAAAACGUUUAGGGUAGGCUGGUAGUGUGGCACAGGCUACAGCAGUUAAAAAAACAAAUAAAACUUGUCGAGGUUUUAACAACAUCCUUGUUUGUUAAUGUUUUGGAUAUAACUGGAAAUGUGUCAGCUGCCUCAGAUGUGCAUUCAUUUCUCCUAGGAUUAGGGGAUGCAGAUUACCUAUCAAGGGACGGCAAGCAAGUUUAAAGGAGAGAUUAAGCAAUAUUUAACGAUAUUUAAUGUACAUUAUUGCUUAAUAUUAACAAGUAUAUUAGUAUAUUUAAUUAAUACAACGAUAAAAAUGUGCUGUUGUAUACAAUGGACGCAGCCAUUUUUCUUCCAUGCUGCAAAUAAGCCCCCUGACAAAAAUGCUAUUGGUCAUUGACUAACUUCUAAAAAUGUCACCUUUGAGCAAAAACUAUCACUUAACUACAUGAUGAUAUAAAAGAGCAUAUCAUGUAUAAAAUGUAUUUAUUAAUUAUAUUACGUUGUGUAUAAAUAAAAGGUAAUACAUGUAUGUAAACAAACCUACAUGAGACAAAAAGGCUCUCGCACGUUUAGAUGGCUGGCCUCUUGGUUCCACCAACCCAUUUAAUCCAACCUUACGUAGAUUAGUUUAUUCAGGUAAAGGGGCUGUCUCAAAGUUGCAUCUGUUGUAUUUUGCUGUUUGUUUUCACGACAAUUUUUUUUUUUUUAAUAGAUUGGGUUAUUUAUUCACCUUUGAAACUGCCCUUUAAUAGCGUUACCAAGGCAACAAGAACCGUUAUCUUGCACAUGUUUUGACAACUCCAAUGUGUUUCUCGUCGAUCCGGUGUUCGGAGUAACUCAAAACUAAUUUUAUGCGAAACAACAAAAAAGGUACAUACCUAUAAAACUAGAGUCAGCAACUUUGAAGUCGAGGCUCGAGAUUUAUCAAAGUCUGCAGAUUUUUAACGACAUAAUAUUUGUAUGCGCAAGAUUUCAUUAAAGCCCGAAGUAUACACUCAUGGUUUUAUAAGUCGGAUCCCGGGGAUACGUUGUACUUAUAGUCCUUCUUCGCUUCAUGAACAUUGUAAAUUUGUCAAAUAAUUUCACUUUCAUUUGACGUAAGAAGAAAAGUAAGUGUUUUCAAAAUUACAACAACAACAAAAAAAACAAAAACAAAAACACCUUUAAAUACACACUGUUUUUGUGUGCAGUUUAUAAAAUAAUCAGUUGAGAAAUACAUAAAAUUAUAGUACACACUAUUGUAAGAAAACGACGUUCAUUGCUGGGAAGGACUAUAGUAUACAAUAUUAACAAACACGCAGAUGCACGCACACACACACAGAGAGAGAGAGAGAGAGAGAGAGAGAGAGAGAGAGAGAGAGAGAGAGCGAGAGACCCUAACACAAACACAAAACACACACACACCACAGGACUUUAAGAUCAUCUAUUCACGAUUAUUCUAAAAAAUAAAAAAUAAUAAAAAUAAAAUUUAAAAACAACACAACGUUACUACUUAUAUGUCGUUGGGUUGGGUUUAUUUUGGGGAUAUUUUUCUUUCUUUAUAAGAUGCCACUAACUUUUGAUUAUAAUAUAAUAUAAUAUAAUAUUAAUAUAUGUCAUUUAUUGCAUGCAACAUGUACGUAGAUAUAUAGUUUACGCCAUAUUUAGUGUUAUCUAUAGAUCAACGAUGGUUUGUCUACCGAUCUGUAGGUGACAAUACCGUGUUAUAUAUGGGUCAUAAUGUGAUAUCUAUACGAACCAUUAAACUGGAUCUCCACGAAACAGAACCGGCAAAUUAUUUGGUGAAAUAAUAAACUAGUUUUGCAUGUUUGUCAGGAAAAGGGUUUUUAAGUAUAUGUAUAUAUGUGGUUAGAGACAUGCUCGUAAUCAGUUGGAAGAAUGCAAUAACUAAAUCGGACAUUAAGUCUGCGUAUAUAUCUUCCAUGUAUAUAUUACAACGAAAUAGUUUUUUAAUGAACCACGUGUAAUAUAUAUGGUUAUUCUAAUAUUUACACAGUUUCUGUACAGUUUAAUUUUAUUAUUUUAUAUUUUGUAUGUAUAAAAAUUGUAAUUAUCUUGUAAAUAAAUAUUUAUUAUA